GGGAGAGAGAGGUGUGAAAGGAAAACUAGUCAAAAUUAAAAGUUAGAAGAUAAACAAAAUAAAUAUUGGCGGUGAUGACUAUCAGGGCACACAAGCCAAUAAAAGAAGAAGUGAUAUAUCUGUUUGUGACUUUCUUCUGCUUAAUUUACUCAAAAGAAGUCAGAUUUGAGAUUGAGAUUGAGAUUGAGAUUGUAGAUUUGAGAUUGGAGAUUGGGGAUGGCUGGGCUGCUGGCAACCGCCGAGCUAUGUGACACAAACGCAGGGCUUCUGGCCAGUGGUGAUCUGAGAGUGAUGCAGCCAGUGUUCAGGGCGUACGGGCAGAGGAGAGCAUUCUCAGGGCCCAUAAUGACUGUCAAGGUGUUCGAGGACAACACCUUGGUGAGGGAGGCACUGGAGACCCAAGGGGAGGGGAGGGUGCUGGUGGUCGACGGAGGAGGGAGCCUGCGCUGUGGCAUGCUGGGUGGGAAUCUGGCUCUGCUUGCCCAGAACAUGGGCUGGGCUGGGAUUGUGGUCAAUGGGUGCGUCAGAGAUGUGGAUGAGAUCAAUGGGUGUGAUAUUGGGGUCAGAGCUCUGGCCUCUCAUCCUGUCAAGUCUAACAAAAGAGGGGUUGGGGAGAAGCAUGUUCCUCUUCAUAUUGCUGGGGUUUUUCUUAGGGAUUCUGAGUGGUUGUAUGCUGAUAGCGAUGGCAUUCUCAUCUCCAGCACUGAGCUCUCUCUUUGAUACUCCUUUUUGCUUCUUUUUCUCUUGUCAAAUCAAUAAAAAUAUCAUUUCAAAUUCA